GACAGCUCGGUGAUAGUAACGGUUGUGGUGUAAAGACUUAAAAGCUGUAUUUGUUUUAAUACAUUGACGAAAUGUAGCCAGAACUACCGGGUUGGCUUGGCCUCCUCUCAGCUAUGUUUGUCUUCAUCUUAUCGGUCACACCCUCUCACGGACUUUAUUGUUUACUUUAGGAAAAACUGAUGAGAGUGUUUCUAAAGUUGAGAUGGAUGAAGCACCGUCUUUUUAUUCGUUUCUCAUAGCUCUCUUUCUUCUGAGUUUUCAUGUAGUUUCAGCUGCGAAGCAGCCCAACAUUGUGUUCAUAUUGGCGGAUGAUUUAGGUUAUCAUGAUGUCGGGUACCACGGCUCUGAGAUUAAUACACCAAACCUGGACAAACUGUCAGCCGGAGGAGUCCGCCUGGAGAACUACUAUGUCCAGCCUCUCUGUACUCCAUCCAGGAACCAGCUCAUGACGGGCAGGUACCAGAUCCACACUGGCAUGCAGCACCAGAUCAUCUGGCCCUGUCAGCCAUACUGUGUCCCUCUGGAUGAGAAACUCCUGCCUCAGCUGUUGAAGGAGGCGGGCUACUCAACACACAUGGUGGGCAAGUGGCAUUUGGGCAUGUACAAGAAAGACUGCCUGCCAACGCGGAGGGGCUUUGACACUUUCUUUGGAUACCUGCUGGGCAGUGAGGAUUACUUCUCUCAUACCCGUUGUGUUGACAUCCCAACUCAGAAUCAGAAUGAGCACCGUUGUGCGUUUGACCUGCGCGAUGGUGAAGAGGUCGCUACAGGAUAUGAAGGAGUUUAUUCUACUGAGCUGUUCAGCAAGAAGGCUGCUGAUAUUAUCGAAAAACAAGACUCAGACAAGCCAUUCUUCCUCUACUUGGCGUUCCAAGCAGUCCAUGACCCCCUGCAGGUGCCUAACCGCUACCUGGAACCCUACAGCUUUAUCCAUAAACACAACCGAAAGCUUUAUGCUGGGAUGUUGUCGGCCAUGGAUGAGGCAGUGGGCAACGUCACUCAGGUUCUGAUGAGGGAGGGACUCUGGGACAACACCAUCCUGGUGUUUUCAACAGAUAACGGAGGCCAGACGUUAGCUGGCGGUAGCAACUGGCCACUGCGAGGGAGGAAGUGGUCACUGUGGGAAGGAGGGAUCCGGGGAGUUGGAUUUGUCGCUGGCCCGCUACUGGAACAACCCGGAUCUGUCAACCAGGAGCUCAUCCACAUCUCUGAUUGGCUGCCAACCCUUGUUAACGUGGCCGGAGGGAGAAUCAGCGGUACAAAACCACUGGAUGGAUUCAACGUGUGGAAUGCAAUCAGCAAAGGGGAGGCCUCACCAAGACAGGAGCUGCUGCACAACAUUGACCCUCUGUAUGUUGACAUCGCCCCAUGUCCUGGCAGACAGAGAUUGUGUCCCUCAGUUCAACAGUCCUGGAGCAACGUCGGCUUCAAUUUUUCCAUUCAUGCAGCCAUUCGAUAUAUGAACUGGAAGCUGCUGACUGGAUACCCAGGCUGUGACGUCUGGUUUCCUCACCCUAAUGAAAGCAGCGUUAGCUGGGAUACCUCCUCUGAUGAGCCACUGAAGCCUGUGAUGCUGUUUGACAUUGAACAAGAUCCAGAGGAGAGAAACGAUGUGUCUGAGAAGCACGCCGACAUAGUAGAGGGUCUCCUCAGCCGGCUCAGCUACUACCUGAGCACUGCUGUGCCGAUAAACUAUCCCAAGCCUGACCCCAGAUGUGACCCAGGCCCCCAAGGAGCCUGGGGACCCUGGGCUUAAAUUACAAUGACGACAACAGAGGAUGUAGCACCUUUGAUUUUACAGUGUUUACAGCAGCAUCUCUUUGAUGGGGAAAAAUCAGGACUGGACACACUGUUGCUUUGAAAACUUCAUAUGGGUGUUAUAGGCUAGUGGUAAUCUGUGGGCCCUACAGUAGCUGUUGUCCUCAGAGUGGGUGACCCAGGUUUGAAUCUGGCCUGUGACUCCUUUCCCACAUGGCAAACCACACUUUUUCCCAUGUUCUACUCUUUCUACUGUCCCAUUAAAAAUAUAAAGGCAUAAAAGCCCAAAAACUGAAAUUUAAUUUGAUCAAAUUAAAGACUGUUGUUUGAACUCAAUCAUGCAGCUUUGUGAAUAUUUAUGUUUUACUUCAGUGUUUGACUGAUGAAUUGAAAUGUUUUUAGCUGAAGGCAGAGACAAUCCUUAAUUGACCGGUGUGGCUAAAAUCAUUCAUCAUUGUAUUUAAACUGUGUUAGCGACAUGUUGUAACAAAAAAAAACACAAAAAACUCUUUACUGUCAAAGUGAAAACAGAUUUCUAUAAAGUUAUGAGCUAUAUUUUUCCACAUUCACUUUACCCUCUACCUUUACAAGCUUUCUGGUGUUGGCUGCUGAGAAGCAUCCCCACAGGAUGAUGGUGCCACCCCUGUGCUUCACAGUAAGAAUUUGUUUUUAUUUAUUUAUUUAUUUAUUUAUGUAUAACAAGGGACAAUGCACAUUAAUGAACUUAAACAUGUAAAUGUGCCAGAUUGUAGCCUUUGGCUAAUUUCCAUCUGUAGUCCCCGGCAGGUUGCUACAUAAAAAUCAGACAGCACCAAAACCAGACAGUUUGGACAGUACAAUAAAAUACAAAGACCCAAAUAUAACAAUACCUAGCAUAAGGCAAGACCGAAAAAAAGUGACCAAUGCAGUUAAAGUGCAUAAGGGACAUAAUAAAGUGCUUAAGUGCUAAAGUGCAAGUGUGCUGAUAUAUUGCACAUAAUCAUGAGUGUGCUUAAAAAGGCCCUUGCACAUCACCCUUGGCCUGGUGUGUCUGUGGUGAUGUGUAGUGUUUGGUGUCUUGUCUGAUGGCCGAAAAGCAACAUUCCAAUCUCCCCACACCAAAAAACCGCCUUCCACUUGACCAUGGAGUCUCACACAUGCCUUUUGGUAAACUCUCAUCUAGAUUUCAUGAGUUUUCUUUACUAGUGGCUUUCUCUUUGCCACUCUCCCAUAAAGCUUUGACCGGUGAAGAGGAAGAAGUCAUAGAAGUCAUAGGUGUCUUGGUGGCCUCUCUCUCACUCUCAGUUUGCGAGGACGACCUGAUCCAGGCAGAUUUACACAUGUGCCACAUUUUUGGUGAUGUUCAUUGCAUUGGAUUUUUUUUUGUAUCCAUCCCCUGACUUUUCAGUAACAUUUUCUCUAAAUUCCUUGAGGUGUUCUUUUGUCUUCAUGGUGUCAUGGUAGCCAGGAAUACUAAUUAAUCA